UUCGACCGCAAGAGUGGUGGAUGCUUCUUUCGAACAAUCUUGUUCGCAAAAUACCGAUAGCGAUACGUUUCCUGAACAUGCAUAUCGCAAACCGAUUGAUGAAAACAUUACGGACUUGUUGAUAAUGAAAAGUUCACAUGUGAUUGCGACGAUUAAUCUUGAUUCUUGACGAUAUGGUGAUCUCACAAUGUGCAUCUCGUUUUGAAGAAAAUACUUUUAUGAGAUGUGAAAUUUUAUAUAACGGAAAUUAAUUUUGUUUGGUUUAUCUUUAGUUUCACGUCUACAAGGAAUAAGUUCGAAACGAUCCGGUUGCAUCCCCGAGCGACAAUUGCAGUUCCAUGCAAUCUCUAAACGCGCUCUUCUUCUUUUUGUUGAUUCAAGACACAGUCCGAUCGGGAUAUUUUGUAUGCUCGUUGAAAGUCGCGUACUCAUUUCCACUCACGUAGCCGAGCAGCAAAAUACGUAAACCGAUGAGCUCCCCUUCCUAACUUGGUCCAUCAGUGCUUUACUCCCAAGAGAGGAAAGACCGUAAGGAUGAGGGUGAACGCGAUCGGUGUUACAUCGACGACAACGACAUCGACAUCAGAGGUGACCGCGACAUCGAGAAUCGAGGUCGCACAAAACAAUGGAAUAUCCUCGUCGAUCCCUUUCAACGACAGUGUAAUGGAAAUGGACUCUAUGACUGACGUACUGUGGGAUUUCUAUGAAAAAUUCAACGGAGAGACUAAUUACUUACUAAUCAUCCUCUAUGUGCCAGUUAUGGCACUCGCAGUGACGGCCAAUAUUCUUGUGAUCACAGUGGUCUUCAAAUAUCAUUACAUGAGAAGUGUUACAAAUUACUUUGUGGUGAAUCUUUCUGUCGCCGAUUUAUUGGUUACCAUUAUAUGCAUGCCAGUUGCUGUCAGCCAGGCCGUGUCGAUGGUAUGGAGUCACGGUGAACUUAUGUGCAAACUCUCUUCUUACCUCCAGGGUGUUGCGGUUGCAGCCUCGGUAUUCACUAUUACGGCCAUGAGUAUCGACAGAUACCUAGCCAUAAGGAGUCCCAUGGCGUUCCGCCGUGUAUUCAAUCGCAAGAGCACCGUACUCGUUAUCGUCGCUCUCUGGCUGGUGGCCUUGACUAUCUUCGCUCCCGUUCUCAGAGGGAUGACUCUUUACAAUCCGAGCACGGAACUCUUCAACAUAACUGUGCACGGUUCCUGGGCGAUAGCAAGAAAUAUUUCUCCUGAUAUCUCGCAGCUACCACCGGUUUUCUACAUUUGCUUGGAGGAUCUCGGUCUACUAGGCAUCAGGGCGCAUGUCUUCGGGGCCGCGUACUUCGUUCUUGUUUACGCUAUUCCAGGUUUCGUUGUAAUACUGGCCUACUCGAUGAUGGGCCGCACCCUCUGCUCUAGGAAACCGCCCUUCGACUGCGAUAGCGUCGAGGGAAGCGCCAGCUCACAGCAGAGCUUCAGAUUGGUACGUGAGAGGAGGCGAAUUGCCUGGAUAUUGCUGCUCCUUGCUGUUCUCUUCGCUCUAUGCUGGCUGCCAUACAACCUCCUCAGAUUGUUAGUGGAUUUCGGUAUUAUCGAAGACUGGAAAUCGAUAACGGACGCUCUCCCGUACUGCCUGUUCCUGGGACACGCAAAUAGUGCCCUGAAUCCCAUCGUCUAUUGCUUCAUGACGCGCAAUUUUCGUCGUAGCGUUUCGGAGAUCCUGCGUCGCACAUCUCAUAGUCUGGCGCGUCGUAAACCUUGUCGCAAAAGCGCAAUUAUCGAUGACGGCUGCGUCGGAUGCAGCGUGCCAGCUGUCAACGGCGGCGCGCGACGUAAUCUGUCACAUCAGCGAAGAAUGCUACCCGGAUGCGGCUGCGGCAUCCCCAUGCGCGGUAAUCGUAACGCCAUCCUGGCGUUAAGACGUACCGCGACGUCCAGCAGCGGCUACGACACUUUCUACAGCCGCCACAGUCCGCAUUUGCAUUGCUACAUGCUGAGGAGUAUCCGCGACGUGCCGCAGGCGCAAGCCAAUAAUCCGCCGGAAAAUUCCGAUGCCAGACGGAAUCAGCAGCAGAAAUAUGGUAAGAACAACGGAUUGGAGAGCAGCCAGCCGCAGCCGAGCACAUUGUGUACCACGGACGGACGACGUCCUUGUCCAUGAACCUGAAGACGACGAGCGUCACGAACGGAUCUCCCUGCGCGACUAUAUGUUUUUACGUUCGAUUAUUAUUUCUGCGCAAUGUCUAAAUAUAUAUCUAUUUAUUCGAAUAUUCUUCGGAGGUUAAUACCGUGACAUAUACCGUGUAAUAUAUGAUGAGGAUCAUUUUUAUCAUUUUUUUUAUCGGAGAAUUUUUAGCCUUGCUUUUUUAUCAUGCAUUGCCGGAUAUCACGAUGAUUCGUAAUAAAUUUAAUAUAAAUAAAUAGUAAAUGAAAUCUUCUAUCUAAAUCCGAAAUUUCUUGGAUUUAAGAUUACCACUUGUAUCGCAACGUUAAACAUGGUUCUCGAAGGCGAUUCAAUUUGCGAAAGUGCAAUUUUAUAGAGGUUGUUCUUCUAGAAAUUUCUGUAUGUUUUGACAGUUAUAUAGCUGCGAACACAAUGAACUGAAAGCUAUCAAACAUCAUACGUGCAACGAGCAUGAAAUGCGCUGUACUUUAUUGAUUACUUGUUGAAGUUUUAUUUUUGCAAGUGGCUGUAAUACGUUUGCCGGAUUAUGAAUUGAGAUUUGAUGGGACCAAACGGAGCGAAAAUUAAUCAACAUCUCGCGGCAUAUUUAUUUGUUAAUAUAUUUAAAAAUAGGAAUCAGUAAAAUAUGUAAAAUUCAUGAUUAGCGAAACAAAAAAUUAAAGUCAAACUUAAUGUUUUAAAAAAAUGAGAGCUUGCAAUAUCUUAAACUUUACAUCAAAGACUUUGGCUGAAAAUUGCUCUCAAGUGAGAAACACGGUAUGACUGUAUUCUAUACGAUAGUUUCGGCAGUUCGAUAUAUCUGUGACGGAUAUGUCACGAGAUAUAUGUCUGACUAAGAUGUACUUUUUCUACUGACGCGCGAAAUAUUUAUCUCACUUGAGCACAUAAGCAUGAAAUUAAGCCCGUCUAUGAUGCUCAUGCAUUACGUAUAUAUUUCAUAACAUAUGUGUAAAUGUAUGUGCUAAUAGCGUUUUCGUUAAUAGCAUUAAUUAAUCAUAAGUCACUGUUAGUGUGAUUAUCGUAUGAUCAUCUUCGCUAUUUGUCAUCAUUAGUGACAAUCAGCUGUAAUUGUCUCUAAUAUCUGUCGCAGUAGAUUGGCACGGAGGUGAAGGCACAAUUAUACAUAAACGUCAAAUUAAAAAUAAAUUUCUCUCUACGUAAACUCUCUAAGGAAAGAGACUGGAUACAAGGCAAGUAUUUUGUCAUAUUUUUUAAUAAUGUACGUCAGAAAUAUUUAGAUCAAGGAAAUAAGUGUCAAUCGCAACCAAUAUCGCGCGUAUCGUUUCUCGUAAUCGUUCCACUGCAUAUAAUUUUUUCUUUUAUGAAUUGUAUGAUUGAUUUACGAGAGCGUGCGCGAUAUUGUUUGAUAGAGCGCGAGAAUGAGCUUUUUAAUCAUUAAUGGCCGUUAGAAUGUUGCGCGAAAAAAAAUGGUGACGAAUCGAAAGUCCUACAUACAUAUAAUAGAAUCGCUGAUAAAUGACGGGGCUAUUAAUUAAUCACCUUCCGAGAAGUAUCGAUGGAAGAAAAGUACGUUGGAAAAAUAGUAAGGAGAAAGAGUACAGAAAUAUAAUAAGAUGAUUUGAAAAAUGCCGGCGACUGUCUGACGCUUGUUAUCGUUAAUGCGAUAACUACCACUUUGAUCCCAUAUAGAUUAAUUUUCGACGGGGAAUUAUUGAAGAAACCUGCCAAUAAUACACAUCACGUGUUUGUGCCCUGUAAAUAUUUGGUCGUCGCAAAUAAAUUUUUGUCACGUGGCAUGACGAAAAGGAACGUAUUUCAAUUAAGCAACUUGAAAUUUUCGAUAAAGUUAUAAAGCAUUAAAAUGAGGCUUUCUGUACGCGUGAAAAUAUUUGGCUCUUUGCCGAGGCGAAUAAAGUCGAUAUCUCGAAAGGGUGCUAAAAUUGUAAUGGCAGGAGGUUGUGGGUUUUAAACGCUGUAAUAAUAUACGUGUAUUUUCAAUAAAAAAUGAAAAUUGUUGGAUAA